AUGGGGCUCCCCAUGGAGAGGACCCGAGUGAAGCCAUCUCAAAUCAGUCAGCCAAGGGACCAAUUAAUCCGGCCAUUGUCAGGCCCAAGCCACUGCCAGCACAUCAACACAUUCAGAGCCCAUUGUCCCGACCCUCCUGCAGUAGGAUUUAGUCCGUCCAACAGCCAGUUUUGUCCAGGCCAGCUCAGGCGGAAGUUUCUCACUGACAAUUUGCCCCAAAUAGAUUUGUCAGAAAGCGUCCAUCGACCUGCCAGUCGGAUUCUGGACAUUCCAUGUAAAGUGUGUGGCGACCGAAGUUCUGGAAAGCACUACGGUGUUUAUGCGUGUGAUGGCUGCUCGGGAUUUUUCAAGAGGAGCAUCAGGAGAAACAGAACGUAUGUCUGCAAAUCUGGCACACAGGGCGGUUGUCCAGUAGACAAGACACACAGAAACCAGUGUCGUGCAUGUCGCUUGAAAAAGUGCCUAGAAGUGAAUAUGAAUAAAGAUGCCGUGCAGCACGAGAGAGGACCGAGGACGUCAACCAUUCGGAAGCAGGUGGCUCUGUAUUUCCGAGGGCAUAAAGAGGUGAACGGUUCGUCAGCUCACUUUCCAUCCACGUCUAUCCCGGGGCCGCCAUUUUUCACAACAGUCACGCAAUUGGAACCUCACAGUCUGGAUUUAAAUACGGUCACCACUACACCGGAGCGACAGGCCAUUGUGGGACUCGCUCAGCCCACACCGAAGUAUCCUCAUGAAGUUAGUGGCACUCCCAUGUACCUGUAUGAAGUGGCGACUGAGUCUGUGUGUGAGUCAGCUGCUCGACUGCUCUUCAUGAGUAUUAAAUGGGCCAAGAGUGUUCCGGCCUUUUCUACCCUCCCUUUACCUGACCAGUUGAUCCUUUUAGAAGAUGCAUGGAGGGAACUAUUCGUAUUGGGCAUAGCACAGUGGGCCAUUCCUGUGGACUCCAGCACUCUCCUAGCAGUUUCAGGAAUGAACACAGACAACACAGAUUCACAGAGGCUAAACAAAAUCAUCUCAGAGAUCCAGGCACUGCAGGAGGUAGUGACGCGUUUCAGACAGCUUAGGCUGGAUGCAACAGAGUUUGCGUGCCUAAAGUGCAUCGUCACCUUUAAAGCAGUUCCAACACACAGUGGUUCGGAACUGAGAAGCUUUCGCAAUGCAAGUGCCAUUGCAGCCCUUCAAGAUGAGGCCCAGCUGACUCUCAACAGCUACAUUCACACCAGGUACCCCACUCAGCCGUGUCGCUUUGGGAAACUGUUGUUACUCUUGCCCGCUCUACGUUCAGUUAGUCCAUUCACCAUUGAAGAGGUGUUCUUCAAAAAGACAAUCGGAAAUGUCCCAAUCACACGAUUACUCUCCGAUAUGUACAAGUCCAGUGAUAUAUGAGCUACACCGAUGACAGAGAAAGAAAACAUUGCAACUUUGACCUUGACAUUCACAUGGACGCUGAGACACUGCGGAUGUUAGUUGAAGCCCUAAUGUGAUACUUCACACACUUGUUUGGAUAAUAAAGCAUUACCAAUGUCCAGA